AUGCCGUUUCCACCACAGGAGUCUAAACUGGUUUCCAUCUUUUGCCAGUCGGUUCUCUAUGGGGCCUACACCAUGUUGUUCGUCCUAACGACAUGGAUGCUGAUCACCCGUCGACCUUUGCGCAAGCCCAUGCUGUUUGUCUCGACGCUGAUGUGGGUUGUGGCUACGAUGCAUGUCGCAACAAACUUUACGAGGAUCAUCAAGGCAUUCAUCACCUUCUCUGACGCACCCGGAGGGCCCGCUGCAUUCUUCAACAGGUUCUCAGAAUUCACACAGAUGUUCGGGAGCACGCUCUACGUCCUGCAGACUUUGAUCGGUGAUUCGAUGGUGCUUUACCGAUGCUAUCUGGCCUGGGAGCGUAAAUUCACCGUCAUCGCCUUCCCUCUCCUUUGUCUCUUCGGAAGCACCGCGACAGGCAUUGGCAUCCUAUAUUCUUUCGACCGCGUUAACCCCGAAGCCAACAUCUUCGUCCACCAGCUCUCCCAAUGGAUCACCGCCUUCUUCUCCAUGACCUUCGCCACCAACGUCCUUUGUACAGUGCUUGUCGCAUUCCGCGUCUACCGUCUUAACCGAAAACAGCUUAUCGGCGCCCGCGCGCGCCAUCUGCGUCCACUCCUGCUUAUCGUCGUCGAGUCCGGUGCUGUAUACAGCGCGUGGUUGAUGGCACUUCUCAUACUUUAUAACACCGACUCCUGGUUCCAGUACGUGGUGCUCGACUCGGUCUCGCCUAUCGUCGGCAUCGUGUUCUCUGUCAUUAUCCUCCGCAUCGCCAUCGGCGUGACCUCGGAGGAGGGAGAGACGGCGCUCCUGGGCUCGCCCGGUGGGCAGUUGUUCUCCAUGGGGCGCCUGCCCUCGCGGGGUGGCACGCAUCAGCCCAAGACUGGAGACGAGGAUGCGUCAGUUUAG